GAGAUGGAACUAAUAUGUUGGAUAACUCUGUUUGUAUGUGAGACCUUUCUCACCUACGCACAGUUCAAUGGCUACAACUGUGACGCAAACCUCCACAGCAGGUUCCCAGCGGAGCGAGACAUCAGUGUCAGCUGCGGGGUGCAGUCCAUCGCCCUGAAGAUCAACUUCUGCCCUGUGCUCUUCUCUGGGUACGUGGACACUGACCUGGCCCUCAACGGUCGCCACGGCGACGCCCAGUGCCGGGGUGUUGUCAACAACAGCACCUUCCCCUCCGUGGUCCUCUUCACCAUCAGCCUGAACACACUGGAGGUCUGCGGCACUGCCCUAAUGGUCUCCACAGCGCAGGGGGCCAACGCUUUCGGAAGCCUCUCGCUGGUGCAGAUUGGAAAUAUAUCAGGAUACGUCGACACUCCAGACCCCCCGGCCACCAUCAGCUACCUGCCGGGUCUGCUGUAUAAAUUUAGCUGCAGCUACCCGCUUGAGUACCUAGUGAACAACACUCAGCUCUCACCAUCAUCUGCAGCAAUAUCUGUGAAAGACAGCAACGGCACUUUCAUAAGCACUUUGAAUCUGCUCCUUUACAAUGACUCCAGCUAUGUCCAACAGCUGUCAGUCCCAGUGGCUGGACUGACAUUAAAGACGCGAGUGUUUGCAGCAGUGAAGGCCACCAACCUGGACAGAAGAUGGAGCAUCCUGAUGGACUACUGUUACACCACUCCUUCUGGGAACCCCAGCGAUGAACUGCGCUAUGACUUGUUCUCUGGGUGUUACAAAGACCCACAGACGACCGUCUUCGAAAAUGCAAAGAGCCAAAUGGGCCGGUUCUCCUUCGAGGUGUUCCGCUUCGUCAAACACAAGAACCAGAAGAUGAGCACGGUGUUCCUGCACUGUGUCACCAAGCUCUGCCGUGCAGACGACUGCUCUCUGCUCAUGCCGAUUUGUGGCAGUCGGAAGAAACGGGAUGUUUCAGAGGCCAACAGUGACCCAGAUCUUGCCUCAGGAAAUGCAGUCAUAACGGCCGGCCCCAUCAUCACCAGGAAUGAUGGAGCCCCAACCAACAGUGCACAGCCGGCUCCAUUAAACAGCCACGUCCUCCAUAUGGACUGGGUGAGCAGCGCCCUGAUCGCAGGCCUGGUGAUCCUGGGAGUGAUGGCAUUCUGCUUAUUUACCUUCUCCUUCACCCUGCUCAAGCUGCAGACACUCGGCUCAGGAGCCCUGAAGGAGGGCAGGAAGCCAGACUUUCAGUGUUACGGGGGUCAGCAAUCCCUCAGAGUGAGCUCCAUCGCCUCAUUUCUGGGGUUCAUUCGCUCCUCCAGUUCCUGUUGCCGUAACCACAUUCGGAUUCCGAUGGCCAGGUGUGAGACGGAGGCGCGCCUCUCUGCCGCGAUGCGUUUGAAAUCGGCGCUGGAGACCUGCAAGUCUUCUUUGGCAUGCUCACCAACAUCCUCCUCAGCCUCAACAGUGCCUCUGUCUGCACCGGAGCGAGAGAUUCAGGGGCCUCAGACAGAGACAGACAGCAACGUGGGCGUCUGUCUGCUGCUCUGA